GUUAAGAUAACAACAUCACGUGGUGCAAGUCAGUAUCGUAGACUUGAAUCGAUAGAGCAGCAAUUUCCAUUUAAACUUUAUUAAUAGUAACAGAAGCCGCUCCCUCCUAACAGGACAGCCUUACACUGUUUGGCACUGUCAUCAUGGAAAAAACAUUGUUGAUUUGGUCAAAGCAUUAUCUAAUUAUUGAAUGGCCAUGUAAGGAACUCCCUUUCUAUUCUGUCCAGCUCUAUGCUCUGGAUACUCUGCAGUCUGCAUCAGCAAAGUGUCUUGGCAUCACUUCUCGUCCUUCCUUUGGAGUCCAUUCCGGCGUCAUGUGAAAGGGGUUCACGGUGGUGUCUCUCGCCCUAGACCGGACCCUCCUCUUUCCAGCUCAUCCGUCAGUGCCGACGUCCUAGCCACGGUCGUCCCGGUGGGAAGUGUCCCUGUCCCCGCUGUCCCCGGUUCAUCCCGGUCGGAGGAUGAGCGAUCCGGGGAAGGGCAGCUCCGCCUCUGCCGCGGCCCCAGCUCCAGGGUCGGAUACUUACAAAGGCUGGCUUUUUAAAUGGACCAACUAUUUGAAAGGGUACCAGCGGAGAUGGUUUGUCCUCAGCAAUGGCCUGCUUUCAUAUUACAGGACGCAGGCAGAGAUGGCCCAUACUUGCCGAGGAACAAUCAACUUGGCCACGGCGCACAUCGACACAGAGGACGCCUGCAACAUUGUCCUGAGCAGCGGCGGCCGCACUUACCACCUCAAGGCUAGCACAGAAGUGGAGCGGCAGAGAUGGGUCACUGCACUGGAGCUGGCCAAAGCCAAAGCCAUCCGCAUGAUGAACGAUCAGUCUGAUGACUCGGGGGACGAGGAGCCCACGUCCCAGUCGGACCGCAGCGAGCUCCAGGGCACCCUGAAGAUCCUGGUCAGCAAGCUCGAUGACCUCAGCACGUGUAAUGACCUGAUCGCCAAGCACGGGGCGGCCCUGCAGCGCUCGCUCAGUGAACUCGAGGGGCUGAAAGUGCCCGUGGAGGGGGGGGAGAAGAUCAAAGCAGUCAACGAGCGAGCCACCCUCUUCCGCAUCACUUCCAAUGCUAUGAUCAAUGCGUGUCGAGACUUCUUGGACCUCGCAGAGACUCACAGUCGGAGAUGGCAGCGCGCGCUGCAGUAUGAGCGGGAGCAGCGGACCCACCUAGAGGAGACCAUUGAGCAGCUAGCCAAGCAGCACAACAGCCUGGAGCGGGCGUGGAGAGAAGCCCCCACGCUGGUCUCCACCACACCCAGCGCCCCCACCGCCAACAAGGGAGGGAGUGAGAGGCUGCGCAAAGAAGAGGCGAGUGAUGAAGAUGGGGAUACUGAGUACUUUGACGCCAUGGAGGAUUCCCCUGCAUUCAUCACAGUGACUGCCACUGAGAACGCACAGCACAGGCGAUCUCAGAGUAAUUUGAGUGGAGCGAGCGGAGGUCAGCCCAACGACUGGAACCAGGACGACAACAUGUCUCCAGGUCAUAAUGAUGUGUCGGGGAAGGAGCUGCAGCCCUGCAGACAGAGGAGGACUCGAGUCCCAGACAAGCCCAACUACUCCCUCAAUUUGUGGAGCAUCAUGAAGAACUGCAUCGGCAAGGAGCUCUCCAAGAUCCCCAUGCCUGUGAACUUCAACGAGCCUCUGUCCAUGCUGCAGCGUCUCUCCGAGGACCUGGAGUAUCACGAGCUUCUGGACAAGGCGGCGCGCUGCGACUCGUCCCUGGAGCAGAUGUGCCUCGUCGCUGCCUUCUCCGUGUCGUCCUACUCCACCACGAUCCACCGGACAGCAAAGCCCUUCAACCCCCUCCUGGGCGAGACCUACGAACUCGAUCGACGGGAGGAGUUCGGCUAUCGCUCGCUGUGUGAGCAGGUGAGCCAUCACCCCCCUGCAGCUGCUCAUCAUGUGAUUUCCCAACGAGGCUGGACCCUGUGGCAGGAAAUCACCAUCGCCAGCAAGUUCCGUGGCAAAUACCUCUCCAUAAUGCCUCUGGGUGCCAUUCACCUGCACUUCCACUCCAGCGGGAACCACUACGUGUGGAGAAAGGUCACCUCCACAGUUCACAACAUCAUUGUGGGCAAGCUGUGGAUCGACCAGUCGGGGGACAUUGAGAUUGUGAAUCAAAGAACCAAGGAGACCUGUCAGCUCAAGUUCUCUCCCUACAGUUAUUUCUCCAGGGACGUUCCACGGAAGGUUUCAGGUGUAGUGGCAGACAGUGGGGGCCAGGCGCACUACGUCCUGUCCGGUACGUGGGAUGAUAAAAUUGAGAGUGCCAAGAUCCUUCAGAGCAGCCGAGGGGGCAGUGGCUCUGAGGGCAAACAGAAGACCGUCUAUCAGACGCUGUCCCCCAAGCUGCUGUGGAAGAAAUACCCUUUACCGGAGAAUGCGGAGAACAUGUACUUCUUCUCAGCGCUGGCACUGACCCUGAACGAGCAGGAGGACGCAGUGGGAGUCACCGACAGCCGCCUGAGGCCGGACCAGCGGCUGAUGGAGGACGGCCGGUGGGACGAAGCAAACUCAGAGAAACAGAGGCUGGAGGAGAAACAGAGAGCCGUGAGGAGGAGGAGGGAAGCGGACGCCUCAGACGCUCUGGAUGAAGAGUGUGAAUAUGACUCUGGAAAAGAAUACGAAGGCUACCAGCCGCUGUGGUUUCACCAGAGGAGGGACUCAGUCACCGGAGAGACAAACUUUGUGUACAAGGGAGGUUACUGGGAGGCAAAGGAAAGACAGGACUGGAGCAUGUGUUCUAACAUCUUCUAACCCAGGAGCUCACCUCUCCUAUCCUCAGCACACAGGGGGAAACUCUGCCUCUGGUCCGUAGCUGGCUUAUGAGCACCAUGUGGACCUUUUUAGUGAGCAUGAGAAUACCUCCAAAUGUACACUGUUUUUACUACGGGGAAAAGAAGGGUUGUUCCCUGAAUCUGUGACACUAUGCUGAAGCAGCAGAGAGAUGGUGUGUGGGUGUGAGGUGGUGUUGGAGUGUUAACACCACGAAACAAAUGCACCUGCACUCUCCUGAAAUCAGGUGUUCCAUAAAUCUUACUCACAAUGUACUCUCCUGUGUUCACCACAUUUAAGAGAUUUGACCAGUUGGCCAGAUAUCAAAGAAGCUCAAGAUAAUAGACUACUGACGGGGACAAAUGUAUAAAUGGGCCGAUACAAACAGUGUUGAAUACACGUAAUGUGUCCUGGUCCUCCGUUUCAUUCAGCACAAUUAAGAUUAUACCGGAAUAAAUAUUUAAUGACUUCCCUCUUUUUCUUCACAGGAUUGAUUGAAGUGCUCAUUAUUUGCCUCUUUUAGUUGCUUAGGAAAGAUGCUAAGACCGUCUAAAACUAUAAGUGUAUUAGAUAUUGUUAUCAAUUAUGCAGACACAAAGUGUUCAAAAGUAAUUAAACAAAUAAAAAAAAUACAGACAAAAAAGGAACCUAAGCAAGACCUUGUGAAGUAAUGCAAGCAUUUGUAUACACAGCUCUGUAAACAAUAUGUUGUUUCAUCCUGCAAUCGUUUGUGGAGUGUUAUCAUAUAUAGUUAUUAUGACAUUGUAUUAUUCCUUUUAAAAGUGCUUGUAAAACAGUCACUGAUAAAAGUGACAUUGUAAUACUAAUACAGAUUUUGGAAAAGGAUAUUGUGAAAAAAGAAUACUUGAUCGCAAUUAACUCGAUGAAAUGAUAUAUCAUAAAAACGACGUGUUAUUUAAAUGUAAUGGGUUACUUCACAACUGUACGGCUUUAUUACAUUUUGUAUCUGUAUUUACUAAUGUGAUUGUUUACUCCAUAAUGUCUUGUUUAUUUAUUAGAUGGUUAACACUUUGGGUCUCCAUAACCAACCGGUAAUAUUUGAUUAGGGUUGUCUGAAGUGAUGAAUAAUGCAGCACUGCGUAAAAAAAUGAAUGUUUUCCUCCAGUAAUUACAGUCUGUAAACUAGUCAAAAA